ACUGAGUUCGGCCCCUUCGACUGGAGGCUCGGGUUUAUUUGGGAGCGCAGAGAAAAACAGUCGGGUUCCGUGCGCCUCGGGUGAAGGAAAGCUCCGCGGCGGACGCGCAAAAGCAGAAGGGGGGCUGCAGCGACGCCAGAGCAGGAACCGGACAUUUGACCUUCUGUGAGCGCUCGGGUUGGAGAUUAUGACGGUGUUCUCUGCUGUUGGGGCGCUCUUGCUGUGCCAGCUGUUGGCAUCCUCCUCAGCCCAGAGGCCAGGCCCCAGAGGACCCAAGGGGCUCCCAGGACCCCCAGGGUUACCAGGAAGAGAUGGCACAGAUGGGAAACCUGGACCUCCAGGAUUUUCAGGGAAACCUGGCCCCAAAGGAAAAGCAGGGACACCAGGAUUACCAGGAAAAGCAGGACUGCCAGGGCUUCCAGGGAUCGAUGGUUUAACCGGACCCGACGGUCCUCCUGGAAAAGAUGGACCUGCAGGGGAACAGGGUGAACCGGGGCCUCCUGGUCCACCUGGACCUCCUGGCAGAGGGAGACCAGGAGCUCCAGGACUGCCAGGGACCAAUGGGUUCCCGGGUGCAGUCGGGCCCCAGGGUCCAGUGGGUCCAGAGGGUCUUCCAGGACUUCCUGGACCUCCCGGUCCUGAUGGCCCUCCAGGGCUUCCUGGCACUCUUCAGGAUCUUAAUGGUGAUCUUCUGUGUCCUGCAAUUUGCCCCCCAGGACCGCCUGGUCCUCCUGGGAUGCCAGGCUUCAAGGGACACACCGGACACAAAGGAGACAAGGGAGAGCAGGGGAAAGAUGGAGAAAAGGGAGACCAAGGUCCCACGGGACCACCAGGUAUUCCCGGCACUGUGGGUCUACAGGGCCCACGCGGUCUGAGAGGUUUACAAGGCCCGAUCGGACCUGGAGGUGACAGAGGUUUCCCGGGUUUCAGGGGCAAGCCUGGCAUUGCUGGUAUCAUCGGGAAGACAGGUGAUCCUGGGGAAAGAGGGCCACAGGGAUUUAAAGGACCCAAAGGAGAAGUAGGGAAAAUUGGCCCCAAAGGCGCUCCUGGAGGAGCGGGACCCAAAGGGGACCCUGGAAUGCCGGGCAGAGAUGGAAAAGAUGGAACUCAGGGGUUGGAUGGCGAGAAGGGGGAUGCUGGACGCCACGGAACCGUUGGAGAAAAAGGACCAAAUGGACUUCCUGGUUUGGCGGGAAAGGUUGGGGCAAAAGGGUCUAAAGGAGAAGUUGGUGAUCCAGGGAAAUCUGGAGAAACAGGACCCUCUGGAGAGCCAGGUCUUCCUGGGGAGAUUGGCAUACCUGGAGAGAGGGGGAUUGCAGGUCCAAGAGGAGUGGCAGGAGGAAUUGGACCAGCAGGAAACCCUGGACCUCUGGGAGUAAAAGGCUUCCAGGGAAUAAAAGGCGCUUUGGGUGACCCAGGACUUCCAGGACCAACAGGGAUUCGUGGGGAGUUUGGUGACAGGGGCCCGGUGGGGGCUUCUGGAGCGAAGGGAGACAUGGGCGUGGCAGGAAGUGACGGAUUACCAGGAGAGAACGGGGAGCCGGGAGCUUUUGGACCAGUUGGACAAAAAGGAGAGUCAGGGAAGCGAGGUGAACUGGGGCCGAAGGGCGUGACUGGGCCACAAGGAGAGCUCGGCGCACGAGGGCCUCCGGGAAAGCAAGGGCCAAUUGGUUUCCAAGGUGAACAGGGGGUGCCUGGACUUCCAGGAAAGAGAGGUGUACCUGGUAAACUGGCGAGUGAGCAGCACAUCAGAGAGCUGUGUGGUUCCAUGAUUGACGAUCAGAUAGCACAGUUGGCUGCUAACUUGAGGCGACCCCUGGCACCUGGAAUGGUGGGCCGCCCCGGCCCUGCCGGCUCACCUGGAGAGCCUGGUUCUGCUGGUUCUAUUGGGCAUCCAGGUCCUCGUGGGCCACCGGGGUACAGAGGCCUGCCAGGGGAACUUGGAGAUCCAGGUCCCAGAGGUGAUGUGGGAGAUCAAGGUGACAAGGGUUCAGUCGGUAAAGCCGUUGAUGGACCACCUGGAGACCAAGGACACCAAGGUCAACCAGGAGUACCUGGAAUUGUCAAAGACGGGCGUGAUGGAUCUCCGGGAGAUCCAGGUGAGCCUGGAGAGGCGGGCAGAGUGGGUAGGACUGGACACCAGGGACCUCCUGGGAUCUGUGAUACAUCAGCCUGCCAGGGAGCAUCAGUGGCUGGAAAAUCUUCCAACCCCAAAAACUAAAAAGAAAAAAAAAAGACUUCCUGCAGCCUAAAAUCCUCUGCUACAAGGAGGUGGAAUGAAAAACAAGGAGACUGGUUCUUAAAAACAUCUCUUUAUUAAAAAAAUACAAGCGUCACAAGAAGGGGGAAGUAACAUCAGAUAUUUGGAGAAGAACGGAGGAUCACCAAAGCGAGUGUGAUGGAAGCAAAGACCCCGCGUGACACCCAGAAAGAAAGCAGGCAGAGACAUGGAAGAGAGGACGAGAACAACAAUCCAAACAUCAUCACACAAUUUACAAACUGGAACAAUCCCUUUGUGUAUAAAAACUUUGUACAUGUCGUAGCCAGCGCCCCAUCGACAUCUGUAACCUCGCUGCAAACAUUUGUGACUGUCUGAUGUCGAUGUGAUCUCAUCAUGGUGCAUUGUGUAAAUCCCAGGUCUUACCUCAACUAACAAGCUUAAUAGUGUAAAAUAUGGAAGGAUAUGCAGGAGGUAAAAAGCUGUGUGUACUGAAACAGUAAUAAAAGGGGCCCAGAACUUGUUCAGACAAUGUAAACAUAAAUAUUUUGAUACGUUUUUUAAGUAACUUGUUUUUCUGCCAAUAUGUUUUUAAUCACAUGUAAAGAUUAAGAAUCAAAACCAGGAUAAAAACUGCCGAUGCAUAAAUUAGAAAUGCGAAAUAAACAUCAUUUAAGAGGC